AUGUAUGCUGCAAAAUGUGGACAUGUAAAUGUAGUAGAGUAUUUAUUAGAAAUUGGACAUGAAGAAGAAGUCAUUUCAGUUGAUAAUGAAGGAAUCACAGUGCUGAUGAUUGCGGCCAUGUAUAAUCACAAUGAGAUCUUCUUUUUAUAUGUCAACAAAUAUAAAGAAUGUAUUCAUGCUAUAAGUAAAAACGGAUGGACAGCGCUUUUAUAUGCAGCUCAAAAUGGAAAUACAACCAUUGUCGGCUUUCUAUUAUCCGUUCCUGUUGAUCUUGAUCAUACUGAUAAUGAAGGAAACUCUGCUCUACAUUAUGCUGCAGCAUGGGGUCAUGUCAAUGUGAUGGAUCUCUUGGUGAAAAAAAAGUCGGAAGGAUGUAACAUUGAUUUAAGAAACAACGACGGUGCGACUGCCUAUGACUAUGCUUACAGUAAAGCUAUACAAGAUCAUCUUAGAGGUUGUGAAAUAUCCCAGGCUCAUUUCAAUGAUGAUUCUUCAUUAUCCAUAGCAUCAUCGCAGAGACAGCAAAGCUUUACGAACGCUCCAUAUUCUUCAUCUUAUUCUAGUGGGACUCACUUUGGCGUAAGCUCAACGUCAAUCUCACGCGGACCAUCUUGUCCUGGUCAUGAAUCCCCUGUUCCUCGCGCUUCUACAUCUUCCUCUUCGCUCAUGAAUCAACCAAUGACAGGAGCUCAGUUAAUGUCUUCCAGCCCACGAGGUCCACACUACUUUCAACAACAACAAAACAGUGGAAGCCCGACUUCUUUUUCAGAAAUCGAGCGACGAAGAGCAAGCAGUUUUGGGGAUGUGAGGCAAUCAAAAGCAUACCGAUAA